AUGUUGUAUUUAAUAUGUAAAGAAUAUAAUUCUAGCGGAUAUCAACAGCUGCUGGUGACGGACGACAUCACUGUUACCCGCAUUUUACAUGUGCAGUUGACACGGAGAACAUCAGGCGGGAUUGGUCAGACUGAGGACGAAGGUGAAGCGUCUUUGCAGACGGAGUUUCAGCAGUUUUAUGAACAUAUUUCUGUUAUUCGCUCUCGCUUAACAGUAUUUGGCGACAUUUUUUUGAUUAGCUCGUUUCCUUCCAAUGUAACUUUGAAAUGCGGUCUCGUUUAA